AUGUCCACCUACUUCGACACCUCGUUCGUCGACGUGCCCGUUACGGAGCAGGGAGUCGACACCCUUGCGUUCCUCGAGGCGACCGAGGGGCUGAUCAAGAUGUUUGACUUGCUGGGCAACCCGAGCUUCACGAUUGUGCAGAAUGACAUGAAUGGGAACGUUACCAAAAUCCGCACGCGGUACGCCGCCCACCCGGCCCAGUCCCAAACGCUCGAGCAGCUCGUCGAGAACGAGAAGGGCGAGAAGAAGAGGACUGCGACCGAGGGGUUGUUGUGGCUGUUGCGCGGCCUCAAGUUCACCCAAGUCGCCCUGCAGCGUUCGCAAGCCGACAAGACCGAAGAGCUCGCCGACUCGUUCUCCAAGGCGUACGAGCAGACGCUCAAGAAGUACCACUCGUUCGUCGUCAAGCCUAUCUUUGCCUUGGCGAUGAAGGCCUGCCCGUACCGCAAAGACUUCUACGCGAAACUCGGACCGCCCGAAGCGCCCGUCGAUUCGGAACUGAGCAAGUGGAACCAGGCUCUCGGCGCGAUCAUCGAGCGCCUUGAGGCGUUCUACGAGAAGGGUGGACAUGCGAAGGGAUUCUAA